GAGCUGGCUAAGCUUGGAGAAAUCCAAGUACACCACUCCAUUUCUCUCUCUUUCUCUCGCUUUCUUUUUGCAUAGUUUUCUUCAUGCUCCAUGUAAACAAGCAAGAAAAGAGAGGAAAAGGAGGCAGCUCGGUGCAAUUCUCGAACGACCCAAAACCUUGAACAAUUCAAUCCUUCUUCAGAGAGAUUCAGAGUUGGGUUCAGAAUAUAUAUACACUAGCACGAGUGAAUAGUAGAGGAGACAGAGAUAGAUAGAGAGGAGAGAUGGGCAGCGAGGUGAAGCCGGCGAAGCUUGGCCUCCGGCGACACCUCAACGCCGGCUUCUUCGCCGGCUUCCUCCUCGUCCUCCUCACCUACGUCAUCGUCUCGCAGCAGUUCGCCAUGGAAACUCCCACAGCUGUCACUAGCAGGGCGCCGAGGAUUGACGAGAAUGAGUCGGUGACCAAGGCUCGCGUUGAAACAGAGAAGAAGAGGGAGCAGGAGUGGCAGCGGCCAAAGGACACGUCUGGUGCCGUCUCAGCAGAAGAGUUCUCCAAAAGAGACUCGACAAAUGCCAAACCGAUUGAGAACGGCAAGGUAGUGUGCGGCUCGAACGGGUUCUACUCCGACACCUGCGACGUCGACGGCGACGUCCGGAUCAACGGCACGGCUCUCUCCGUGACCCUUGUUCCGGCGAGCCGCCGGUCGGAGCGCCGCCGCGAGUGGAAGAUCCAGCCGUACCCGCGCAGGACCGUGUCCGGCAUCGCGGAGGUGACCGUGACGCGGCAGCAGGACCGGGCCGCCGCGCCGGCGUGCACGGUGACCCACGGCGUGCCCGGCGUCGUGUUCGCGCUCGGCGGCCUGACCGGCAACUACUGGCACGACUUCAGCGACGUGCUGGUGCCGCUGUUCGUGGCGUCGCGGCGGUACGGCGGCGAGGUCCAGUUCCUGGUCAGCAACAUCCAGCCAUGGUGGCUGGGCAAGUACGAGGCCGUCGUGCGGCGGCUGUCGCGGUACGACGCCGUCGACCUCGACCGCGACACGGAGGUCCGGUGCUUCCGCCGCGUCGCCGUCGGGCUCCGCAUGCACAAGGAGUUCAGCGUGAAGCCGGAGCUGGCGCCGGGCGGGCAGCGGCUGACGAUGGCGGACUUCGCCGCGUUCCUCCGCGACACCUACGCGCUCCCCCGCGCCGCGGCGGCGGGCGCGAGGCGGCCGCGGCUGGUGGUGAUCCGGCGCGCGCACUACCGGAAGAUCGUGAACAUGGACGAGGUGGUGCGCGCGGCGGAGGCGGCGGGGUUCGAGGCGGCGGUGAUGUCGCCGCGGUUCGACGAGCCGGUGGAGGAGGUGGCGAGGAAGGUGAACGCGUUCGACGCGAUGGUGGGCGUGCACGGCGCCGGGCUGACGAACGCGGUGUUCCUGCCGGCGGGGGCGGUGGUGAUCCAGGUGGUGCCGUACGGGCGGCUGGAGCGGAUGGCGAGGGCGGACUUCGGCGAGCCGGUGGCGGACAUGGGGCUCCGGUACAUGGAGUACAGCGUCGCCGCCGACGAGAGCACGCUGCUGGAGAUGCUGGGGCCGGAGCACCAGGUGGUGAAGGACCCGGAGGCGGUUCACCGGAGCGGCUGGGACAAGGUCGCCGAGUACUACCUCGGCAAGCAGGACGUCCGCAUCAACGUCGCCCGCUUCGCCGCCACGCUCGCCGCCGCCUUCGAUCACCUUCGACCAUCACAUAGCUAGUGAGUGAGUGAGUGAGUGACACAGAUGUUACAGUUGCUGAUAGAUAUGAUACACCACCUCAUUGGUCGCAAUUUGGUACAGAAUGUUCAACCCAUCCUUUUUUGUUUUUGUUUUGGCUCAGUAUAUCCAUCAUCAUUGGUGGAGCGUAUGAACAUGCACAUUGAUUGUAUUGAUUUGGUAGAGUACAUGUAUGUCACCGAAUUCAUGUUAGUAGAGCUCCUGCAAUGUGUAACCUGUGCAAUGCAGCAUUCACCAUUUCACCAA